AAAAAAGAUCUUACGCUCCCAAUUUUUCGCUGUUUUUCGAGUAAUUUACGCGAAUUUAUUAAUGAAAAGUGUUGCAAAAUGUCAGUGAAGCACUCGCGGAUGUUGUGCAAGUAAAAGUAUCGACAACGGCGUAAAAUCCAUUGAUUUUUCGACAUAAAUAAGGUAUAUGUGUACAUAGGCAAAAGCUCCCUAAAUCGUGACACGAUGAAUGACAUUAGCAGCGCAAACAAGGAUUCGGCAGUGUCGUCGGGCCAGUCUGCGUGGGAACAGCUAACGCAGAGUCAGAAUCAUGAUCAUCCGUCAUCGCCAUCCGUUCCGACAACGCCAACGACGCCAACUACGCCCAUCAAGUCAGCGGGAUCUCCCGAAUUUCCGGCAACAACGCCGCUCGGAGCUCCGGGCAGCUCGAUGAAUUACGGCGAAGAGCUCAGCAACGAAAUGAUCAACAUGGGAUGGCGCAAAUUUUGGUCGAAACGCGAAAAUCGCCCCUACUUUUGGAACAAAAUCACGGGCGAAUCGCUGUGGGAAUGGCCUCCGGGCAAAGGACCUCAACCUUUUGACCCGCUAACAGAUCCUCUGGGCAUUUGUCACGGCAACAAUACAGGAAACGGACCAAGUGCGAUGCCAUCGGGCGCAACAACGCCCAAUCACAAUGCCAUGAAACGACGAAGUUCGGAGGAAGUUGGCAGCAAUAAUCAACAUCCGCAUUCCGGACAACCGCCCUUGAAGAAAUUCAUCCUUGCUGGACCAUGGGAUCUCGAAAUCCCGACAAAUGUGAUAAUGUUUGAUCGGAUUCCGUCGACAUUUCCGCCGCCGCAUCCCGAAAUCGAGGCAACGCGUGGCAUGUUGACGCUCAAACUCGUCAAAACGUACGAGGAUUUGUGUCAGAAGCGCGAAAACAUCAAAGCACCCAAAGACUCGUUCAAUCGUUGGCUCAUGGAGCGCAAAGUUACGGAUAACGGAAUGGAUCCGCUGCUUCCGAGUCAUUGUGCGACGGAGAUUUCGCAGUCGAUGUAUCGCGAAAUAAUGAACGACAUGCCGAUCAAAAUUGUGAAACCAAAAUUCACGGGAGAUGCACGCAAACAACUCUCGCGUUACGCAGAAGCAGCCAAACUUAUUCUCGAACAGAGACCUGCGCCGCCCGAAAGCAAGAAAGUCGUCAAAUGGGUUGCUGAAGAAACCUUUGAAUGGCUUCGGAAGACAGUUGGCGCAAGUUAUGAAGAUUUUCAGGAUCGACUGGCGCAUUUGAAGCGGCAAUGUGAACCGCAUCUCGUACAAAUUGUGAGAGGAAGUGUCGAAACGUUGUGUAUAAAAGUUUAUCAUUUGUCUGUGGAAUAUGCGAAACGGAUACGUGAAAGACAUCGAAUACUUUUGAAAGAUCAUGGCGUACAAGAAUUAACGCAUCCCCUUCCUCAACCCAUGGCUCGAAAGGUAUGGUGUUAUCCGAUGCAAUUUUCAAUACCGUCAACACGAAUGCCCGCCAUUGAAUACACGACCGACAAGGAUUUCAUGACGAUAAAGUACACACAUUCAACAAUCCUCCCGUCGCCCGAUACCCAUAUGAUCAGUACGCUGCAUUUACAGAAACUCGAGCAACUUUACCGUUACAACUGCUACGACGACAAAAAAUUCGACUUGUUCAUCGGGCGCGUUUACUGCAUGUUGAAACGCUACGCGACAUUCCUCGGAAACGUGAACCACAUGCAACGCGAAUGCGAAUUGACGCAAGCCUCGCUGCCCGUUGCCGUUUUCGAGUGUUUGCAUCGACACUUUGGCGUGACGUUCGAAUGUUUCGCAAGUCCGUUGAAUUGCUAUUUUAGGCAAUAUUGCUCGGCAUUCGGUGAUACAGAUUCGUACUUUGGAUCGCGAGGAUCUUUCUUAGAGUUUAAGCCAGUUUCGGGUUCGUUCGAAGUUAAUCCGCCAUACUGUGAGGAACUAAUUGACGCCACGCUGAUUCACAUCGAGAAAUUGCUGACGGAUAGUACGGAGCCUUUAAGCUUUAUCGUUUUUCUGCCGGAAUGGAAAGACCCGCCUUUGCAAUGUCUCUCGAAGAUUGAUGAAUCGCAUUUUAAGCGGAAACAAGUCGUUGUGAUGGGCAUGGAACACGAAUAUCGUCAUGGAUAUCAAUAUAUUAUCCCAAAGUCUGAAUGGAAUGUAAAAUGCAUGUAUGGAACAUUAGUUGUUUGGCUACAAAAUGACGCUGGAUUUACAAAAUGGGCACCUACUGAAAUUCGGGUUGAAGCUUUAUUAGAAUCAUUUAGACCGGGGCGUGAACGUGAUCGCGACAAAUCGCUGCAUCAUGGAGCAAGUCCCAAUGAUAAUCAUCAAGGAAAACUCGCGCAAGAACCUUCUUCGGAUCUUAAAUAAUGAACAUUUUAAUUACUUUUCGUUUGGCGGUAAGAGUUAGAAAUACGUUGGUGUAAAUAUUUCUUUAGUUUUUUUCUGUGCGCGUACAAGAGACGGACAAUUAACUUUAUAUUUAUGUGAAUGAAAGAAAUGUGUGCAGUAUGCGUUUACUGCUAAAUGGUUUGAAAUUGACGACAACAAUAAUUAAUCACUUUCUUGUUCAAAUAUGUAAUAAUCUCUAAACUUGUAAAGUAAAAAAAAAUAGAUAAAUUCUUAUCUCAUAGCUGAAAAUGAUUGUUACGCAAGUAAAACAUAACAAAAUUAUAUCGUAGCCUUCUUUUUCGUCCCUUUUAUUUUAAAUAUACUUGUAAAA